GUUUUAUUUUAUUUCCUAGAGGUAAGAAAUCUGAUAUUUUCGUCGAGCCAAAGAACGUCCAACCUCCCACGAAAUUUCGUUUCCAUGAUCUAACCUCACUUUCCUUCAGCUCCUUCUUCUUUUUUUUUCCCUCAAACUCCUCCCUCCUAUCUCUUCUCUUCCUCGUCCUUCUGCUCUUUUUAACUUGCAUCUUCCUGUUGAUCUUCUUUUUUCUUCCAAUUCUUUCUCUCUUUCUUUAUUUUUAUUAAUAGCUUGGUAUCGUCGCUGCUGUUAUUGAUUUAUUUCUUUAUUUCUGUAUUUUUUUACUUCUGUAUUUCUGGAUUCCUUUAUCUCUUUAUCUCUUUGUCUAUGUUAUAAUGUAAUUUCAUUUGUUAUUGACAUCUGCAACGAUUACGUAUACUUCAAGGAUAGCGCAUUGUUCUAUACCGCCGAUUGUCUUUUGCUUUCCACAAUCGUUAUUGUUUUAAAGUUACGCGAUGAAGAAUCAGAAGCAAAACCAACAAGUACAGUUACUCGUCUUUCUGCAGAAGACAUCGAUCUCUAUGGAUUCUGUCCAGAAAGAGAUACUUUUUAUGGAGUGGUCUGUGAGAUAUGCAACGCCAUAGUAAAGCCACAAGCUCUUAUUCAGCAUAUGGAGAGUCGACAUCCAAGCGGUGCAGGCAACUUCCCAACCCCUUCUUUACCUACAACGAAACCUACAGUGAAAACGCCUUAUUGUAAAGUAUCUAAACUGAAGAAAACGCAAUCUGCGUCGACGCAAAAUUCGAGCAGUACUAAAGUGAUUCAUACGUCAAUAAAACGCACUUCAACGACAGAAACGCAACAACAACAACAGCAACAGCUGCAGCAACCUAGUAAUACCUCAUCAACGUCACUACCAGUUUCAUCAUCACCCAGAUCACCAUUAGAAACUACGUUGCAAACUGUUCAAACGGCUACGACCAGUACAGGAAGCGGUUCAAUAGCUUCGUCGAGUCCGGUUAAAAGUCCUGGUAACAGUGGACAAACCAGAAGAAAAAGGCUUAAAACGGAUCGUUCGCUUCUUAAAGAUCGCGAAUAUGAUCCUGAUCGACAUUGUGGCGUAUUGAAUGAAGAAACAGGGAAACCGUGUACGAGGUCGCUCACGUGCAAAGCCCAUACAGUGUCAUUGCGUCGUACCGUCAUUGGUAGAAGUAAAACAUUCGACAAAUUACUCGCUGAACAUAGAGCAGCCAAAGAAGUACCGACUAGUACAAGGACAACGAAAUUAUCAGUAACUGGUACCGUCGUUUCACUAUCAUCACCGUCGGUCAAUGCGUUAUCGUUGACAACAAUAGCUUCUACGACGAAUAUUGAUUCCGAAGCACCGAGUUCGCCUCCUGUAUUAUCAUUGCCAGACACCUAUCCACUGCCAAAGGCUGUUGAUUUGCUUUAUCGGUGUCUGGCCCCGCAUGGCUCCACUAAACCUACCAAGCUCGAAGAGGAGUUCGGUAACGAGGAACUACGGAGCCUAGAGUCGUCCUUGGUUGAAGCAAGCGCGUCCACGUCCAAUUCGCAGACAACCACACAAUCUUCUACGGGUUCGAUAAUCAUGGGUCCUUUAUCGACGGUCUUGCCAUCGUUCACGGAAUUGUCAACGAACGAAGAGGAGGAUGUAACGAUGGCUCCCUUGAUACAAGCUUCUUCAUCGGCACCAACCACGGCAUCGACAUCCACAUCGGCAUCAACAUCGGCAGUAGCAGUAGCAGCAGUAGCAGCGGCAUCGGUGUUACCGACCACGUCGUUAACUUCGAUGAUGGUGUCAGCUAUGGCGGUUACAUCUAACGACGUACCAUCCCCUACCGCUUCUGGUACACCAACGACCACUCAAACAUCGAUCGUAACACCAACUCCGUCAACGACGCCUAACGCGACGAUGACUUCGACUACAACCCCUCCGCAUAAUACGAGUGCCAUUACGGCCUCAUUGGUUGACGCUGAAAAUUCUUUGGACGUCGAUCCUGACGAUCCAAUCGGCAGUAUAUACUCGGCCGCUUUUAAGGACGAUAAAACACUCUCAUCAUUACGUUCGAACAAUCUUUUACUUUCGCCAUUAUCAAGGAGUUCCUAUCAUCGGCAGCUUCAACAAGCUUCCUCCAUACCCACUAUGAAUCUUUUCGAAUCAGUCGAUCAGCUCGAACAACGUAAUACAGCUCCGAUUAAUGGUAAAAGACUUCAUCAUGCUAAUCAUACCAGCCCAUUGUUAGGUCCCAGACCAAGCAAAAGAAGCAAACAGGAUUACCAACAUGGACAGGAUUAUUCUACGUCUAUACAACUCGAGGCUACUACUACUUCAACGCCUUAUCCUAAUUUCGGUGAUAUCACUUGGUCAAACUGUCAUCCCGAACCACUAGCUGUUACUCGGUGGCUUCGUAUUACGUCUAGCCGUAAGCAGUACAAUUUUAAUAUUCACUGACAUAAGACCCCACCUACUCCAGGCUAAAGGACGAUUCUUUUUUCAGCUUUUUCAUUUCACGUUUGAUACUUCUUUUUUCCUUCCUCUCUCUCUCUCUCUCUCUCUCUCUAUCUAUCUAUCUAUCUAUCUCUCUCCAUCUCUCUAUCUCAUUAUCUCUAUCCAUCAAACUUUUUAUUUCUUUCUUCUUCCUUCUUUCAUUUCUCUUUUUUCUUUCUCCUUUUCUACUAUCAAGUUUCUUUCUCUUCUCCUGUACUACUUCGUUAGAAACCUACAGAGAAGGGACGGUUUUUGCAAUCCAUCGUUUGUUAUUUCUUUUCUUGUUCUUUUUUCUUUAUCUCAUCAUAUCAUUCUUUUUUAAGUAUAUUACUUGUCCACUAAGUUCGUCCAGUUUCAUUAAUAACAAAAAAUAAUACAUAUAUAUGUAUAUAUAUAUAUAUAUACACUUUAUUGAAUGUAUAGAUUCGCUUUAAUUUUGAAUGAAAUUUAAUAAUAAAAUUGGCACGAACUUUUUUUGGACUAAUCGAAAGAUUUGUUUCUCUUUCUCAUUGACGUUAUUGUUGAAGGCAGUAACAAUGUUAACAACAUUCCCGUUUGAUCGUUCACAAUUCUACCUCGGAUCAUUUGUCGAAUUCAUGUUCUUUUUCUUUGUUCGAUACAUAUAUACAUAUAUAUACAUAUAUAUAUAUAUAUAUAUAUAUGUAUAUAUACACACACACAUAUAUAUACACUUAUUUUCAAGACGAGAAAAAAAUUUUGAGAUCGGUACAGAUUCAUGGGUGGCAAGGAGAGUAUUUUUAAAAAAAAAGAAUCAAUUAUUCUUUUUCUCUUUUUUCAAGAUAUUUUAGGGCAAUUUUUUUUUCUUCCAAACUAUAAAACCCAGCAAAUUUUUUUUAUAGUUUGUAAGAGUAGCUUCUAAAAGUCUCGGAAAAAAAUAAGAUAAAUAGUAAUCGACUUUUAAAAUCAACUUUUGCUGCCUAGCCACACCUCCCUCCUCAUUAUUUCUAGACAAUUUUUCAGGAUUUUCUUUUCUUUUCUUUUCUUUUUUUUCAAACAUCUUUUUGUCUUGUUUCUAUCUUUUCGUACACUCUUAAAAAUAUUCGCCAAAUGAUCAAUGGAAUAUAUAAGACUCUCCGAACAAUGUAUGCGUAUGUCGACGAUAAACCGAUCUCUCCGUUAUCAUCGCUUAAGUAAACCAUAUUUCUUUUUUCUUUCUUUCUUUCUUUUUUUUUUUAUUUGAAAUUUAUUUCCUGGAAAGCUUACGAAGAAAAUGGAACAACAAAUAGUUUCGAUUUUCAUUGUAUGUUUAUAUGACUGUAUGUAUAUAUAUACACACAUUCAUAUAUCUAACAUUGAUAAAAAUUGAUAAGAAUAGAAAUUUGAUAUAUAAUUUUCAUCAGUAAUUCGUAUAUCAUAUAAAUAUAUAUAUAUAUACAUAUAUAACGAUGAUAAAAAUUGAUAAAAAUAGAAAUUCGAUAUAUAAUUUUCAUCAGUAAUUCGUAUAUCAUAUAUAUAUAUAUUAUUUUUUUCUUUUUACUUUUCGAGCAUAAUAUCUGAUCAUUUUGAAGGAAGAUUAAAAAAGGAAGAAGAAAAGAAAAAAAAGCAUAAAAAGCAUAUAACCUUCAACACGAAUUAUAUAUCAUAGUCGUUUGUUCGCUGUAACUUCUAUGUCUAUCUGUGUAAAAUUCUGUGCUUUUAAUGUUAAUUGUCAAUUUAAACAUUUUUCUUUAGGAAUUUCAAAACACGCGCACAUAUAUAUAUAUAUAUAUAUAUAUAUAUAUAUAUAUUGUAUUCUCGUGUUCUCUCUCUCACACAUUCUCCUCUCUCUAUCUCUCUCUAUCUCUCUUUCUCUCUUCCUUUCCAUAGCAGCAGAGAUAAAAAAAAUGUUAGAUAUUUUUUUAAUGUACCUAUCGAAUCGACUCUCUCCUCUCUUUCUCUUUUUCCCUCCCUAUAUCUCUCUCUCUUUCUCUCUGAUACAUUUUCCAUCCUUAGAUAAAGUUAUCUCGAACAAUUUCGAGCAAGAGAGAGAAAGAGGGAGAGACAAAGAGAAAGAGAGAGGAGAAACGAGAAAGAGAGAGAGAGAGAGAGAGAGAGAGAGAGAAAGAGAAAGAAAGAAAGAAACAGAUAGACGGACAGACAAACGAACAGAUAGAGUCGAUGAUAUACAAAAAAUAUCCCAAAAGUUCCUAGAUAGGCCAAAAGUUUUUCGAUAAUUUAAAAAUAUUCAUCACACUUUCUCAAGAUUAGUUGGAUUAAUUAUUUUUUACUUCCCUUCUUCCUUUUUUUCUAUUUUAAGCAGGAGUCUUAUUUGUAAAAUUACAUGUGUCCAAUUUAUUUUAAAGCUUUGAAAAGUACUCGAAAGAGAGCAAUCGAUUUUUUAAAAAUCCCUUAAGAACCUUUGGUCCACCUAAGAACUAUUGGUUUUGUCCUUAUAUUAUUUUCUUUAGGAUAAGCGUAUAUGGAAAUAACGUCUUAUCGUAGAUUGUGAUAUUUACUUGAUAAUUACAGAUUUAAUUAGUAUACAUUUAAUUAACUGAUGAAUCGUAAGAGAAAGAAAGAAAGAAACCAUGAAAGAAAGAAAGGAUGAAAAUCGAUCGAUUCGACUAAUUGUAAGUAAAAUAAUCGAUUGAAUCUUUCUACGAUCCAUAUUUACGUGUAUUAUAUACAUUAUGUAAAAUGUGUGGCAUUGUUUAAUUUAUUAUCCUCGUCAUUGUUAAUAUCUCAAUAUUAUUUUUAUAACUAUUUAUUUUUAACAAGAUUAACAGAGACAGAGAGAGAAAGAGAGAGAGAAGGAGAGAAGGAUAGAAAAAGAGAGGGAGAGGCAAAAAAAAAAUAAUAGAAGAAAGAGAAUGAACUGGAUAAAAGAUGAUUUUAAUUAAGAUAAGAUAAAAAUAUAUAUAUAUGUGUGUGCGCGCGCGUGUGUGUAUAUAUAUAUACCAAAAAUAUAUACACAUACACUACCAUACAUAAGUGUUCAUCAAUCGAUGUGAGAUUAUUAAAUGCCAGAAGUUUAUCGAAUUUCGUGUAGAAACUUUUCGAUGGAUAGGAAAACGUUUCUUGUUUACUAUAUUAUUAUGUUUUUUAAUUAUUAUUACUAUUAUUAUUAUCUGUAUGAUUAUUAUUAUUAAUAUUAUUAUAAUUAUUAUUAUUACCGAAUAGGAUAAUUAUUUUUCUUCACGAAAGUGAAUUUCGUGAGACGACCUAAGAGAUGAAGAUAGUAACUCGAUAUGCCUAAGAGUAAUUAACUAUUAUUAUAGUAAUUAACGAAAAAAAUUGAUAAGAAAUAUAUAUAUAUAUAUGCAUGAACGCUUUUAUCAACUAACGAAAUUUAUUCUGAAGUCGAAUUAAAAGCGUUCAUAGUUAAUUACGACUUAUUUCUCUCUCUUUAUCUCUUAUUAUUAAUAUUAUUAUUAUUAUUAUUAUUAUCAUUAUUAUCAUCAUCAUUAUUAUUAUUAUUAUUAUUAUUAUUAUUAUUAUUAUUAUUAUUAUUAUUAUUAUCUUUUCUCAAUUUUUGUCUUCAUUGUUCGUGCGGCAAAAAGUCAUUAGUAUUUUAAUAAGAAGACGAUCCCGAUAUAAUUAACACCCUGUAAGAUUAAACCGUAAAACUCUUCAUCGAUCCCAUAAGACUGAAUAAUUCAUAUAUCUUAAACAGACAAACAAAAUAACAGAAAAAUAAAUAAAUAAAAUAAAAUAAAAUAACAAAAGUUUUGCCGAGAACAUUAGAUUUUUCGUGAAAUUAAUUUUGCUAAAUUUCGUAAUGUUCUUUUCUAUUUAUUUAUAGAUACACACAUACACAUACGAGAAAUCAAAGACCCGCACAAACAUUACAAAUACAUAUACAUACAGAAAAUUUCGUGUUUUUUUUCGUGGAAUAGGAAAAUGGAUAUUAAAAACUUAAAGACUCUUUUCCUUUAAUUAUAAUUUGUCGCGUCAAGAGAACGAAAAUACUUUGUGGCAUUUAAUAUGAAAAGAAAGAAAAAAAAAACAAAAACAAAAAAAAGACAAAAAGUAACCAAAAAACAAAAAAAUAUACGUUUUAUAUUUAUUUGUAAAUUGUACGUAUCUUUUUUACUUCUUCUUUCUCUCUUUUGUUGAUGUUGUUAUUGUUAUUGUUCUUGUUGUUUUAAGCCAUCUUUUUUCUUCUUUCGAAGAUUAUGCUAUUUUGAAUGAUUAUUAUAAUAUAUUAAAUCUUAAGUUUAGAUUUAGUCUUUGAAUUAAUGAAUAUAUGAAGUAGGGAUACGGAAAUGUUGGUACAAAUGUCGAAUAUAAUGUUAUUGCUUAAAGUCAACAUAUCAUUCAUUGUAUGGAUCAAGGAUUUUUAAUUUUUUUUUUUUAUUUUAUUGUUCUUUCUCUUUCUUGUUCUUUUUUUUUUUAGAAAAAUCGGUUAUCGACUUUUUAGUGAGUAACAAAGAAAAUUAGUCUUAAUUGUUGUUCAAGUUUCUAUUGGAAAAAUUUAAUUCAUUCGUGUAAUUAAUUCAUUAAGAUUUAAUUCAGAUGUAAUUAAACAAGUUAAUUAGUUAUUGAGAUUAGAACGCGAGGAGUAUUAGAAAAUUAAUAGCAUUUGUAUCGGGUUAGAAUGUGAAAGAUAUUUGAAGAAAGGUUAUAAAUAUUUAUUAGAAUUAAGAUUAUAAAAAAUAUUUUUAAAAAAUUAGAAUUAUUUAUAUAUAUAUAUAUAUAUAUAUAAAUAUUACAUAUAUAAAAAUUCUAGUACUAGUCUAUAACUAGAAUUUCUUAAACCUUUUUCUUUUGAUAAUACGAAGAGGAAGGCACGACAUUUCAAGAAGAGUUAUUUAAAAACCAAUUACGCUUCUCAAGCUGCUUUUCUUUCGGGGUAAAGAGAAGAGAGGAAUGUCGAAGAGGAAAAGUAAAAUUAGAAAGUAUAUUAAAGUAGGGUCGUGCCGUUCGUGUCGUCUUUGAAAAGUAACCGGAUAUGUUUGUCAACAGUUGGUUCGUCUAAAGAAAAUAUUAUAAAAUUUUGUAAAAAAAAGAAAAUGAACACUCAAAAAUCAAUGCCUGUUUAUUAGGCACUGUUAAUAAGGAACUUUUAUAAAUUGAUCAAUAAUCCAAAGGAAACUCGAAAAUAUUUUUGAAUGACGAUCGAAUUUAAAAAAAAAAAGAAAAAUUGGUUUUUUUUUUUUUUUUUUUUUUUAAUUUGAAAAAAUAUUUCUUAUCAUUUCUUCCAAGAAAUGAAAAUUAUAUCGUUAAUAAAAUAUAUUUCUUCUUGAAGCUUUAAUUAUUAAGCAAACAGAUUAUAGUUGUUUAUUAAAUUAUAUUAUUCUCGAGUUUCUACUCAUUAUCAUUCUUUUACCUUUAAUUUAUUUUUAUAGUUUUUUUUUGUUUUUUUAUCUAACAAAGAAUAUACAUAUAUACAUACAUAUAUAUAUAUAUAUACACAUACAUAUGUAUAUAUAUAUAGCCAAGUGUAUAGCAACUUAAGAAUGAAAUUCCAAAUGACGUAUAUAUGUAAAGUAGACACUGCGUUUGUCUACUAGCGCGUGAUCGUCUUUUUCUCAGGUAUACGGUGUCCACGUCAACUAAAUACAUAAUAUAAUAAUGUUCAACAAUAUUGGACAACCGUACAUAAACUUAUAUGUAUCAAUUUAUAUAUAUAUAUAUAUACAUAUAUAUAUAAGUAGAUAUAUUUAUAUACUUUUCAUUAAUCAUUUUUCUUCUUUCUAUUUUUCUUCUGUUUUAUUUUUUUUAUGCAUAAAAAAUAUCCCUUUUUAUCUACUAAGGGAUAACGUAUAUUUGUUAGAUGUCAAUAUAUAUAAAGUACAUGGAGAAAUAUUAUAUAAAUAGAUUAUAGGAGUUGAGAGACCGAAAAAUAUGAAUUUUUCAAAUUAUUUAUCUAUAUUGAUGAUACUCUUGUCUAUGUAAAACUCUAUAUUAAUAAAAUCAAUAAUCUACGUGUAAAAUAAUUUAUUCGACAAGAUCUCUCUCCUCGUUGAUUAUUUUUAUUAAUAUUUUGAAAAUGUGGACAUUUGUUUGUAAUACUAUCAAGAAUUUUUUUUCCCUAAUCCCAUUGAAUUUUCCAUCUACCCUUUCCCAUUCUUCUUCUUCUUCUUCUUCUUCUUCUUUUUUUUCUGAUUAUAUAUUCGUGAUAUUUCCAAGCUUUUUUUUCUAGUUCUUUAUAAUAUUCAAACAAUCAAAUAUACUAUGCAACAAUGAAAAAGCUCAAUGUCUAUAAUUAUGACAAUGAAUGUUUCAUUUUGUGUCUUUCAUGUAUAAAAAGAAAACAGAAAAAAAAGAAAGAAAAAAAAAAUGUUACAAAUGUUAUUACAUGUUUAUUCUAUUAUGCGAGCAUGCGCGCUCGUGUAGGUUGUGUGUAUGUUAUUUACGAAAAAUUAUUUUAAUAAUGGAAUGACGAUAUAAUAAGGAUGAUUUUUGAAGAAAUAGUAAUAAUAGUAAUAAUAAUAAUAAGAGAAGCGAAUUUUGUGAGAAUGUCCUGUGAUUGGACGAGCAAGACAGUUGGUCGACGUGUACGGAUCUUCGGCGACGGAGAAAACUGGUCCACCCACGGAUAUCUUGAAAGAAUUUUUCUUCGACCGGUCGACCAUCGACACACGAGAUCGACCUCACAGAAAGGAAAAUUUUGCCAAAUACGUAUUGUGUCGGACGUGUAUUGUAUUAUAUAUACAUACAUACACGCAUGCAUGAGGUCUUCGUAUUGGAUCAAACGAAAUUCUUUAUAUUUUUCUAGGAUAAAAAUGCAAAACUACUCUAACUCAUAAUCGAAAUGAUUCGACUAAAAUGAACAACAUUUGUUUUUUAACCAAUUAUAUCGAUACGAAUGAAUAAUACGACAUUACAUGAGAGGACACCCUAAUUUAUUUUCCUUAAUCAUAAUUCAACAUAAUCGAUCCUUAUAAUUGAUAUUCAACGACGAGGACCGAUUAAUAUUUUGACGAAAAAUAUAAAGAGAAUGAAAUUUCGAUAAAUAGGAAAGAAAGUCAACUCGUAAGAGAAACUAAUCGAUAUUAUAGGAUCCAAAAAUAAGAAACGAUUGUAGCAAUAACGACAGCGAUUUUUUUCAUUUAACAAGUAAAGUGUAAAAUUCAGACCAUCUCCUCGGUAGCAGGUACUUGACCCGAGAUCUUUAAAUACGUAGAAAGAAGAGCUAACGCCAAGAACGAGUAACACGAGAUGCAAGAGCGAAUCUAUUUGUUGACUACGUGAACAUACACACACACACACACACACAAAGAGAGAUACAUACAUACGUACAACAGCUGGACCAUAUCGGACAAUUCGAUUUUGUUCUUCCCAAGAGGCCAUUGGCCAUCACUUUCAAAUCUCGAUCGCAUUAAUUCUAAACUCGAGAAUUAGACACAAUUGACUCUCGAUUAUAGAUUUCUAUCUCUGACUAAAAGAAAAAAAAAAAAAUUAUUAAAAAAAGAGAUCGUAAGAAUUCGAAGAAAACUAAAGAAAAGAGGAGAAAACGUUCGGAAUGUAUUUGAUACGUUUUUCUCUUUCUUUUUUCUCCAGGUAGAUUUUACAAUCGUGAAUUCCCAUAAAAAUAAAUUUCUCUCUACCUGGAGCAGCACCAUGAAACCUUCUCUGAUCCCGCUGUUAAGUUCUAAAAGAAACCUUAUUCAAGGCUCGAGUUUCGCGAGGCAAAUAAAUAGUUUAAACUACCGACACAAGCGAGUUUCCUUCUUUGUCGCGUUCUUCCUAUUUUGGUGAUGUUAGAGAGAGAGAGAGAGAGAGAGAGAGAGAGAGAGAAAGAACGAAAAAAAAAAUCCGCAAUAACAGUUGAUUCAAGUAACACAGUUAUCUCUACUCUUUAAAUCUUUGACGUACCCACAUAUUCUAAUAACAAGCUAAAAAAAAAAAAAAGAGAAAAAAAAAAUCCAAAUAUCUGCAAAGUUGAAAGAAAAAGAAGAUUUCAAUCGUACGUACGAACUCUGAUUCAAGAUCUAAUUUCGAAAAAAGCAUUCAAAGGAUUAAAGAAUCAUUUAUACACGGAAUUUCGAAUGCCGAGUUUCGAAACAGUUGGAACGAAGUGUAAGGUUCGUCCCUGACCCUACCCGAUCGAUUUCUGUCCCUUUGUAGUAGAUGGUGGAGGGGUAGUAGUAGGUAACUCGCUAUAUCCUUUUUCUUCUUUAUGGUGUUAUUACGAGAGAAGCAACCUGUCGUGUUUCGAGCCUCGGUAUCUCAGCAUCUUCCUCCCGUUGGCUUGCUCUCUCUCUCUCUGUCUUUCUUUCUCUUUGUAUCUCUCUCUAUCUGUCUCUAUCUACCUAUCUAUGCAUCUCUUUCUAUCUCUCGUUCUUUCGUAGCUCUGUAUCUUCGUUUAUACGUCCGUCUCAUUCUAAGCUAUCUUUUUCCGUGGUACUCGCGACACGGUGGAGAAGGGGGGCCAGAGGCCGAAGGAGAAGGAGAAGAACCAGUCGUGAACCAGAACGGUUGGUCGGUCCUCGGAAUCUUUCUCUCUCACAGUCACCUCUUCGAGCUUCGUUACACGAGGACCGUCGUUGUGUCGUCUCUUUCUUUCUCUUUUUCUCCUUUUUUUUUUCUUUUUCUUUCUUUCUAUCAUUCUUUCCUUCUCUAUCUCUAUCAAUCUCUAUCAUUCUUUCUCUCACUCUUUCUCUUUCUCUCUCUCUCUCUCUCUCUUUCUCUCUUUCUCUCUUUCUCAGUCUAGUACAUCUCUGUGUGUUUCUCUCUGUCUUUCUCUCGAUCGAUUCUCUCAUAUUCUCGUGACAUCGAUUAGAAUUGAUUAUAUCGAUUUUUCGCGCGACGUUUUAAGGUUCAAGGUUCAAGCCUCGAAAGAAUUUCAAACCGUGCAACAGGUCCCAAGGGGAUGAUCGUACUUCAAUCGUACUAAUCGUAUUUUUCAAGAUGAGAUGAGAGAUUACGGUUAAAAGACGAAUCACGAAGAAGAGGAUUGACAG